AAUGCGCUGCACUCAUUGCCGAUCAGAAGUUGGGGUCCGUCACUGACGUCCGACCCACCAAAUAUCUCCUUGUCUCAAAUCAUUUCUGCUGCCUCUUGCCUCCUCACACUGUAUUAUAGCGACACGCCCCACAAAAUUCCUACUUGCAUCGCACUAUCCGCUCUGGUUACCAUCGUGGUGCGGUGGGGUGCGGUGCGUUGGCAUGGCGGGCGAGAGGGCAAAGGGGACGGUGAAGUGGUUCGAGGAGGCGAAGGGGUUCGGGUUCAUCACCGGCGACGCCGCCGCCAAGGACUACUUCGUGCACUUCUCCGCCAUCAAGGCCGACUCUGGCGGUUUCAGCACGCUCUCCGAGGGCCAACGCGUGGAGUUCACUGCCGCCGCCGGGGACGAUGGCAACCUCAAGGCCCUUGAUGUCACUAUCCUCGGCGGCGCACCCGGUGGUGCCGACGGUGAGGUUCCCAAGUAGGUGAGCCGUAAGUAUGGUAGCAACGGCCUUGUCUAGGGUGCCAUGGUCUUACUGUGAUAGCGUGAUGGUGCCAUAUGUGUCACAGAAGGUACUUGAAUAUUAAAUCAUGUGCGAGACUAUUGUCAUGUGAGAAACAUGUUUCCAAUUGUUUGAUCGAUGCACAUACCUAUCAAACGAGUUGGAUUGCGACAUGUUGGGAGUCCUCACAUGACAGAAGGUUUUACGCACAUGUAGAUGUUGCACUAGUGCAAGUUAGUGUGUGGCAGUGUGGGUGAGCCUUUGGAUAUGGCUUUGUCCAUUUCCCCGCCUACUUAUCAAAUAGUGUAAGAAUAAUUCGAAUGGCCCUGCUUAUUGCCUUUAA